AUGGUGGAUUUAGGUUUUAAUGGUCCUAGAUUCACUUGGACGAAUCGGAGAGAUAUUUUUGAUCUUGUUCAGGAAAGAAUUGACAGGUUUUUCGCCAACCCCAGUUGGUGCACCAAUUUUCCCAAUGCCAAAGUGACUCACCUUACCCACUGUUUAUCUGAUCACUGCAUGGUCCUUUUGGAAUCCAAUCCUAGCAGUGGGGUUCAUCUUCCUAAGCCGUUUAUGUUCCAUAGCUUCUGGCUGUCAGAUUUGUCUUUUCCGUGCAUUGUUUCUGAAGCUUGGGGUCAAGCUUUGCCUUUGCAAACAGCCAUUGACAGAUUUGCUAAGAAAGCCACUGAUUGGAAUAGGUAUCACUUUGGGAAUAUUUUUGGCAAGAAAAAGAGAAUUAUGGCUCGUCUCAACGGUAUUCAAAAAGCCAUGGCUGACUGUCCCUCUCAUUCCUUAAUGGUUCUUGAGAAGAAGCUUCACAGGGAAUUAUAG